AUGGAAGCCAACGUCUCUCCCCAUCCUUUGGCUGUGGGAGAGCAGAAUCCAAACUCAAAUGAAGUUACUCCAAACAUCAACAACUUUGUUACAUAUGCAGCAAGUUUGAAUCAAAAGCAAUCUGCCACAUCUCUCACAAAAAUGAGUUUGAAACCUUUUGAAAUUGUUCAUGGAGUUCCUACGAUUCAAUUUUCCAUGGAUGAACGUGAAGAAUUUGCAAAGGAGGAAGGAUUACAUCAAGCAGUGAUGAUAAAACUGUCCAGCGACGCACCAAAUUUACAGAUUUUAAGGAGUAUUCUGCCGAAAAUCUUUGGUAUCAAAGGUAAUUGCUUGUUCGGUUCUUUGGCUCCACGACAAAUUUUAAUUCGUUGUGAUCAACAUGAAGAUUAUGUUGCUUGUUUGGCAAGAGCUGUAAACUAUUUUCAACAUAAUGGAAGGGAGCAUCAAUAUAGAGUUUUCCCAUGGAGUGUUGGAUAUAAUCCAAACCAGGAAACUUCGAAGGUGGCUAUUUGGAUUUCUUUGCCGAAUUUGUCGCCUGAACUGUUUGCUCGUAAGCCUUUAUUGUCCAUUGCGGCUGCUAUUGGAAAACCAAUCGCAAUUGAUAAGGCAACACAAGUUAGAUCUCGUCCUAGCACGGCAAGAGUCAAGGUUAUCAUUGAUUUACUUGACAAACUUCCUGAAAAGAUUAGGCUUCAAUAUCUUGAUGUUAAAACUGGUAAGAUUGUUGAGGAUUACCAGGAAAUUAUCUAUGAUAAUUUGCCUUCGUAUUGUGGCCAUUGUAAGCAUCAAGGACAUGAAGAAAAUCAAUGUCGGCGCUUAAAAGGAAAGGCAGUUCAAACAGCUCGUGUUUGUGAUGAGAAUAAGCAUCAAAUAGUUGAAAAAUUGCAGGGUGAUGCAAGAGAUUUUUUGAAUGCUAAGAGAGCUGGGCAACAACUUAUAGAAGGAUCAGAAAAUGAUAAGAAUGCUAGGCAGCAGGUGGGUGAUGAUUUGAGUAAAAGGGCAGAUGCAACAGGUGUUAGAGGUGCUGUGCAAGUAGAAAAAACUGAUGUUAAUAUCCCUGAUGGUGCACAGAUUCUCAGCAAUUCUGGGAUAUCAAAGAGUGUCGCUAUUGUUCCUGUCGAUCGUGCCUUAGCUAGGAAUAGAGGGAAUGGCAGUAGUAUAGGGACAGUAGCGGGAGGUGAUCGACCUAUUAA